AUGAGCACUCACGCUGAAACACCUACGACCAAGCCACAGGCUACUACAACUUCGACCACGACGAUGCGUCCACCAUCCCCUACGACCCUGACGCGGCAUCACAGCUUUCAUACCAUUCCCGUUCCACCAUCUCCUCCGCGCCACCCCAAUUCUCGCCCGUCCUUACACCCACCUUCAGCUUCGACAACGCCAGCACGGCCUCACACCACUCCUUCGUCACCGUCUUCUCUUCCGACUCCUCCCUCAUCAUUGACCUCGGCAACAAUGAUGAUGCGUCCAGUGCUCUGUCGCGUGCGGGUUGCCGAUGACGAAGAGGCUGAAGAGGCGCCAGUGCCAGAAGAGGAUGAAGAGAUCCCAUAUGCUGGUGAUAUGAUGGACAUUGACAGCGACGACAUGGAUAUUGACGACGAUCAGAGCAAUCUGAUGCACGUAGACUGGGUUCCUCCUUCAUCCCAACAAAAAAAGCAAAAAACACCACAAAAGUAUUCAGUAUUCAGUAUUCCGUAUAGCUAUUGGCCCUCCUUUUCCUGCUUCCGUUCUUUUUUACCGGCUCCUGCUUUAUCCUCUUCUUCCCGCUUGUUGGCGUUGGUUUGUUGGCGCGUCGGCGUCGUGGUGAUGUGUCGGUUCCUCGGUGGUGCCUUCUCCGCAUGGCUUCUUGGGUGGUUCGUUUGGGCCGUCUUUGGUCGGCUCUUUUGCGUGGGCUGUUUUGGUCUUUGCGUGGUCGGUUCGGCUGCGAUGCUUCUGGUGUUUGGUCUGGCGGCUUCCGCCUUCGUCAGGCGAUGGGGUGCAGUGGAGGGUACCCGGAGUAAGAUGGCUGUGGCACCACCGGUGUGCUGUAUGGUGAUGCUAGGAACAUUGCAUUGUCGUUUGUCGGUUUUGGAGGACGAGGGUGACACCUUGCAUAGCAGGAAUUCGUGGUUGCUCCAUUGGUUCACACUGGCUCAAAAGACACCCCGUGGUACUCCUGCGUCGACAAUACCACAAAGCAUUGUUCCACAAGCAUUACCACCUCACCGACCCCACAGCACGGUUCUCGGUCGUCCUCUGGAAUGUGUUUACGCCUAAACCGCGUCUGAUCCCUCAGGGGGCCUGGGUAGCAGUUAGCUGUCCCUCUGCUAUGGAAGUGAGUAUCCUUCUGUCUCAUAACCCUUACCCUCUGCUUCGGGUGCCUGAAGCUGGGGUGUCCGGGCUGGGG